AUGGAUCUGGGGUCGGACAUCAUACACGACAUUGUUCACCCCACGGCUGCCUUUACUGACGUCUCUGUGUCAGAAGUCGAACACCAUGAUAGUGGCAUUCCACGUCGGCUUCCGCCGACCGAUGACUGGGAGCGCUCUCAGUUGAAUCCCAAAAACCGCAUCGACAGCCUCGAUCUCCUGCCCAAUCCUCUGUGGCGCAUCGACGGCUGUACUGGACUCGGGACUCAGUUCUAUGUCCUACCCCUUUUUAUCCAUCCAACCCCUCCGCUACGUCUCGAUGCCUUCAUCCCGGAACAGUCAACUCAAACGCAUGAAAUUCGGCAAUUGUUGGAUUUGGACGUAGCUUUUCACACAAAAGACCGCGCCCGAGUUCAAAAGCUCAACAUAUCCAAGCAUAUUCUUCGUGCUUUGCAAGUCUGGACCAAGCGACAGCCCGACCCCGAGGUGCUUUUGCGAUCUGUGCCAUUUGGCUCCCGCAUCGUCUUCAAAGACAUUUCUCUGGACGUGAGAGCCAUGGAGAUCAACAUCGCACCUACGUACUACCUCGAACGCCAACUGCUCUCAGCCUCUACCCUCACCGAUAUGUGGGGACCCGCAGUUGAAAUACCACAAUGUGUCGACUUCUCUGAGGUUCACGUCGUCGGACAGAUUCAUGAUAGUGUCUGCCUAAUUCAAAUCAAAGGUCGUCUUUGGAUUUUGAAAACAUUGACAAGUUACACCAAGUAUUUGUAUCAUGAGCUUAAGCUUCUAUUGUCAGCAAUCCCACACCAGAACAUCAUGUCACGUCCGGAACAUCUCAUCACAAAACGUUGCACCUUUGGUAGCAAGGUCGCCGUCAUCGGUUUCACUCUCGAAUAUCAUCAUUACGGUACAUUGAGAGAUAUUGUCCCCCUGUCACGGAUUCAUAACACGAUUUCUCAAACCGAACAACUCAAAUGGUCAAUGCAAAUCGCUUCGGGCGUGAUGCACCAUCGCAAAACCUCUGGUACAUUUUAUCCUGAUCUUCGUCUUGACAACAUCGUCUUGUCAAAAGAAAGAAACGCUGUUAUGGUCGACUUUGAACAGCGCGGGGUUUGGUGCGAGUUUGCAUCCCCCGAGGUCAAUGCUAUCGAAUACGUCCGCAUAUUAGCUACUGAUGACGACAUACCUGAGGAUAUCAGAGAUCACUACGCAGGGAUGUUGAAGCGUAUGUGUCCUGAUUUUGAAUCUCUUCAAGUCAGGGAAGAGUACACAAAUCCAACUAACGGCUACAACAUCUGCUGGGCAUGUCUGAGCCCGAAGGAGCAGGAGGCAUCUGAGGUGUACAUGCUCGGAAGAGUAUUAUGGUGUAUCUUCGAGGGCGCUAGCGCACCUCAGCAAGCUUCUGUGUGGCAAUCCUACCGAUGGGAGACUGACGUCGACUUUCCUGCUUUUCUCAGGACGCCGCCGAAACUGCGCUCACUCAUCGACCGUUGCACAAGUGGUCGUCGUGCCACCCUGGGAAAUCAGAUCGGUAGAGAGGGCAACAAAAUCAUUUUCAAAGGCCAGGAGAACAAGGCUGAGCCCAAGGACAUCCGAAAAGCUGCUGCGAUGUGGUGGAAAGGCGAGAUAGCGUGGGCCGAGAGUUUCUUAGCCAAGAGAGACCGGUUGGCAUUAGCUGGAGAAUGGAUCGAGAACCACUUUGGCAGACCAACUUUACAAAAUGUACUAGAUGAGCUAGAGGAAAUCCGACAUGGUCUAUAA